GCCGUGGUUUUGGCCGCCACACAACAUAUGUUCAAUGGCGACCAGAAAUUGAGUUUAUUGUUCUCGUUUCUGAUGACCAGGAUAUCGAUUCAGUCGCAACAGUUGAUCCAAACGGUGACGGGUGUGGAGCGCAGUCUAUGGGAGCGAGUGGUGGCCGAGUUGUUGAUACAGCGCGUCGGCGACCCGUGUUUGGCACUAAAUGAGGUGCUGUUUGCCGUUCGGUCACACGUCCACAAAAUGCAACACACGAUUCACUAUUCCAUCGGUGGUCACGAUAUGGAUGGACACCGACUCAAAGGGGAUGUACUGCUGAUACGGGCGGACCAACCCUUUGUUGGCAAUGUUGCGGCUAAAAGUGAGUCCAGGCAUACCGUUCUUUACGACUACGGUUUUGGUGAGAUAAUUAGCGGCAAAUGUAUUGUUCACAAACUGGAUGGCAAUCAUACAACGUUUAUGGCCAAUAAUUCGUACCAAAUCUAUACAUAUAUCACUGAUUAUCUUAAAUCAGAUAAUCAU